GAGUCCAUCGCUUUCCCUCUCUCUUUUCAUCUCCAACAGAGACUUAGAGAGACAGACACACACACACAAAUAUGACAGUGAAGGAGAUUCACUGAAACAAGCGAUGGCAUUUUCUCCUCCUUAUUCUGAUCACUAUGUCCUCCGCCGCGUCGUUGAUAGGUGUUUCUUCGGAAACAGACGUCGGAGCGUUCGACUACGGUGAAGCAUUGUCUAAAAGCUUACUCUACUUCGAAGCUCAGAGAUCAGGUCGACUUCCGUACAACCAGCGCGUGACUUGGCGUGAUCACUCUGGUCUCACUGAUGGUCUCGAGCAAGGGGUGGAUUUAGUGGGAGGAUAUCACGACGCCGGAGACCAUGUUAAAUUCGGACUUCCGAUGGCUUUCACGGUGACUAUGUUGCCGUGGAGUGUAAUAGAGUACGGUGACUCACUCGCUUCAACCGGCGAGUUAUCUCACGCACUUGAAGCUAUCAAAUGGGGAACCGAUUACUUCAUCAAGGCACACACAAGUCCAAAUGUUCUAUGGGCUGAAGUAGGCGACGGUGACACUGAUCGCUACUGUUGGCAAAGACCGGAGGACAUGACAACUUCACGGCGAGCUUUCAAGAUCGACGAGAAUAAUCCGGGAUCAGAUCUCGCCAGAGAAACCGCCGCGGCUAUGGCUGCAGCUUCUAUCGUUUUCCGCACAACAAACCCACAUUACUCUCACCUUCUCUUGCACCAUGCCCAACAAUUAUUUGAGUUUGGAGACAAGUACAGAGGAAAAUACGAUGAGAGUCUAAGAGUUGUUAAAAGUUAUUAUGCCUCAGUGAGUGGUUACAUGGACGAGCUUUUAUGGGGUGCAACGUGGCUUUCUCGAGCCACCGACAAUGAUCAUUAUAUUAGUUAUGUGGUUGACAUGGCUCACCAACUAGGUGGCCUUUCUUGGGCUAUGUCCGAGUUUAGCUGGGACGUAAAGUUCGCUGGCGUUCAACUCCUCGCUUCCAUGGAUAUUCCGAUCAUCUACGAAAAUCAAACUCCAAUCUGGAGUGUCAUGAAGGAACUGUGACUCCUGAUGAGAUGAUCGUGUUUGCGAAAUCCCAAAUAGAUUACAUUUUAGGAACAAACCCGAUGAAAACAAGUUAUCUUGUCGGAUACGGUCCGAAAUACCCGACUAGGGUUCAUCAUAGAGGUGCAUCGAUCGCUUCUGAUAAAGAAUACAAGGGAUUCAUUGGAUGCACUCAAGGAUAUGAUUAUUGGUACGGACGGUCCGAGCCAAAUUCAAACCGAGGCUUGCACGUAUAAUACUGCCCCUUUGGUUGGUGUUUUUGCGAGACUUAUAGAGCUUGAAGAGCAAAAACUUGAAGAAGAAGAUGUGAGUUUGGUUGCAACUUACAAGAGAUAGGUUUUAAAAUACAAAAAAUGGUUUUAUUUGCACCCAUUUAUUAUAAUACUUGUGGU